GUUGACAAGAGCCAAGAAAGGCUGUAGAUUUGUCGUGAAAUUAUUUCCCAAAAGCUUUCUUCAAUAAAAAUUACAUAAAACAACAAAAAUAUGAUAAAUACCGAACGUAAAUAAUGCUGAAGUUGUGAUCUUUUCAAUCCGCAGAGAUUAAAUCGUACUAAAAUGGCUACAGUCAAGAAUAAUGGGCCAAUAAUAGACCCAGCGUUAUGUCGUUGCUGUAGAGCUAUAAAAAAAUGUCGUAUUCUCACAGCCGAAUAUACUUGGAUGGAGCAGAAGGAAGUGUACGCUGAUAUGAUCAUGGACUGCUUUGGGAUCUUGCUUUCUCAUGUAGAUGACAAUGAAAAAGAUAGUGGAGUAUGUGCAACAUGUGUGGUGCGUCUCCGUGAUGCUUGUGCCUUUAGACAGCAGGUGCUGCAAUGCGAGGAGCUGUUCCUCAGCGCUAAACUUGAGGAUAAGGAGGAAAAGGACGCUUUGGAAGAACCAAAGGUGGACAAGCCACAAAUGGACAUUGAACUCAAGAUAGAACCGAAGGAUGACCUGAGCGAGCAUUCCGGAGGAAUAGACAAUGAUGACAACAUGUCUAUUGGAUAUCCUGAAGAAUUGGAAGAACCGAAACCGCCUAAAAAAGAAGAAUCAUUGGACAAAACAGAAGUACCUGAUGAAGACUUGAAGCUCGGUGAAGACGAUGAUGAUGACAGCGACUGGUCUGGGUCGUCGUCAGACUCCGAUAAACCCAUCAAGAAGAAAGCAAAGAAGAAAGGGAAGACCAAUGGGGCGCAGAAGAAGAAGAAAACUGCUGUUAAGAAGACUAAAGCUGGUACGUCGACAAAGAAAUCACCGAAAGCAAUAAAGAAACCGCCCGUUGAAAAGAAGAAUAACUAUGACAGAGACCUAGAUUGUAUGUCCGAAGAGAAUUUACUUACAAUUAUACAAUACUCAUACGUGUGCCCAUUCAAGAAUAGAAGAAAUAACUAUUAUUGCUUCUACUGUAAAGACUAUUACCCCAAACCAGAGGAUUUGAGAGAACAUACAGUGUCACAUGACACCAAGCCUUUUCAGCUCCUAAUGGGCUAUAAAAAAAUGAUAAAAAUUGACAUCACAAGGAUAGACUGCAGACUAUGUCCAAUGAAAAUCGAUGAUUUAAACGUUUUCAAACAACAUAUAGACCAAGUUCAUGGGAAGAAGAUCUAUUUUGAAGCUCCUGACAAAAUGUUACUUUACAAGUUGACGUGGAACGAUUUAGUGUGUGUUAUGUGCAACGAUGUGUUCGAAGACUUUAAUACAUUAAAUACUCACAUGGUGGAACAUUUUAGUAAUUAUACUUGUGAUAUAUGUGGUGUGUGCUUCUUAGAGAAACCGAGGUUGGACGCCCAUUUGAAACGGCAUAAGGAUGACGAAAGACAUACUUGUGAAGUUUGCGGUAAAGUUUUUAAAUCAAACCAUUAUAAGGACAUGCAUGUCGAUAUAGUACAUAAGAAGAAAGCAAUAAUCCGAUGUCCUAGAUGCGACGAAUGUUUUAUGUCUUACGCUUUAAAAAAUAAACAUUUGACAGAAGCCCACGGACAAAAGAGGACGUACCCAUGCAACCUUUGCGACAAAGUCUACAAUAGACAAAAGACUUUGACAGAACAUCAAAGGAGGAAUCAUCAAAAAGUUUUAAAGCAUCAAUGUGAGUAUUGUGAUCAGAGGUUUUACUUGCCUUCGCGGUUAAAAGAACAUAUGGCGACGCAUACAGGGGAAAGGAACUUCAGAUGUGAGUAUUGUGAAAAAAGUUAUCCGAGGCUAAAAUCUUUGCAGUAUCAUAUACGAACGCAUACGAAUGAUAGGCGGUAUAGAUGUCAUAUAUGCGGGCAGGCGUUCAUACAGAAUGCUAGUCUGAAAUCUCAUAUUAAGAGCCAUCACCCAGAGUGUGAUAUCGAAGGAUGUUAUUUCUAAGUUUAGGUUUGAUCGUGCGAUUUGGUGGUGUAUAAAAUUUGAUAGCAAUAGGUAUAUAAGGGUUACUAUGACAUCGGAAGGUAAUUUUGAUUCAAAUUUU